AACAUUUAUUGAAGAUUUAUCGUUACUCUAAUUAGUGUCAUUAAUGUGAGUUGAGGAAUAAGGUUUAAACUUGAAGUGAGUUGAGGAACAAGGUUUAAGUGAAGUAAUAUUGAGGCCCCAAGUGCAGGGAGUGCGAAAAAUUAGAGAUGGCGGGGGGGCAGGUUUCAAUGGGACGCGAAAUAUCAAAUCCCCCCACGGACGGAAUCUCAAAUCUCCGCUUCUCAAACACUAGCGAUCACCUUCUCGUUUCCUCCUGGGACAAGACUGUGCGUUUAUACGAUGCUGCCGCUAAUCUUCUCAAAGGGGAGUUUAUGCACUCCGCUGCUGUUUUAGAUUGCUGUUUUCACGACGAUUCCUCCGGUUUUAGUGCCUCUGCUGAUAAUACCGUCAGAAGGCUUGUUUUUGGUUAUGGGAGGGAGGAUGUUUUGGGAACCCACGAUGCUCCUGUCCGCUGUAUCGAAUAUUCUUAUGCUACUGGGCAAGUGGUCACUGGUAGUUGGGACAAGAACCUUAAGUGUUGGGACCCUAGAGGAGCUAGUGGCCAGGAACGUACGCUGGUUGGAACUUACAAUCAACUGGAGCGUGUUUAUUCUCUCUCUGUUAAUGGACAUCGUUUAGUAGCGGCAACUGCAGGGCGGCAUGUGAAUGUCUAUGAUUUGCGGAAUAUGUCUCAACCUGAACAAAGAAGGGAAUCUUCAUUGAAAUAUCAAACGAGAUGUGUGCGCUGUUAUCCUAAUCAAACAGGUUAUGCUCUUAGCUCUGUGGAAGGACGAGUGGCGAUGGAAUUUUUUGAUACUUCGGAAGCUGGGCAGUCCAAAAAGUAUGCCUUUAAGUGCCACCGGAAAUCAGAAGCUGGAAGAGACAUAGUAUAUCCUGUAAAUGCCAUUGCUUUUCACCCCAUCUAUGGUACCUUUGCAACUGGAGGCUGUGAUGGUUUUGUCAAUGUGUGGGAUGGAAACAACAAGAAGAGAUUGUAUCAGUACCCAAAAUACCCUUCAAGCAUUGCAGCGUUAUCAUUUAGUAGAGAUGGCAAACUUUUGGCUAUUGCGUCGAGUUAUACCUACGAAGAGGGAGAAAAACUUCAUGAACCGGAUUCAAUUUUUGUGCGCAGCGUGAAUGAAGUGGAAGUGAAACCAAAACCGAAGAUGGUAGCCAAUCCUGCAGCAUAAGCCAUAAAUUGUAAUGUGCAAAUAUCUCUGUUUAGGAAUAGCUUUGAACAAUUUUGUUUCUCAUUACACUGGUAUGAGCGCUCAGAGUGACCAGAUGUCUAAAUUGCGCCUUUUCUUUUUCUUAAGAACAUGACUUUUACAUGGAAAACAGCUUAAUUCAGGAGUAUUAGUUCACAUUGCUGAUAAUGCAUAUGGCCUAGGGUUGAGACUUGAGAUGUGCUCUAGUCCUUUGGGUUGAGUAUUUAGUUUAUAUUGAUGAACUUUGAAAUACAUUUGGAGAUUUUGUGUUGUACUUGUUUCUUAACUUGAUAUAAAUACUUGCCGUAGAGUGGGAUCCUUGAUUGGGGGCA